AUGGCCGGACUCAUUCGAUCACUGUUCAAAGGCAAAAAGACACGAAAGGAUAGCAAAGAGCCCGAUAAUCGCGAGGAUUAUAUCGUUUUCCAGCCAUGUCCGUCAUUCAAACAACCCCGUCAACCGACCGCCCGUUUCUCCGAUGACUGUAUGCUACCGGCGACGGCCGCCUAUCACGUAUCCGGCGCUCCAAAACUCCGUAAAGGCCCUCAAAGUUGUCCGGGAGGCAAUCGAAACGAUCCACAUUUGAGAACACGAAGCUUAUCGAGAAAACCAUCCUAUCGCCGUCAGGAUUUCGAUAUAGAUUCGGGAUUUGAGAGAAAUCGACAAAAGUACAGAGCCCCCAUGAAGCCUGGCAGAAGUCGUUGCUCGCUCUACGAUCCGCGGUCAGAAGAAGACGACUCAACCGAUGAAAACGAUCGAAUCGAGAUGUUCGAGCGAAAAAGCGAGUACUACAUGAAGAAAUUCGAGGAGUCUGAACGCCAGCGACGCGAAGAACGUCGUCGUCAGGAGCGUUUGGAGCACGAGAGAAACAGUAUUCAGAGUGCAAUGUCGAAUAUGGCAUACUGUACGUCGGUUCAACAAAUGGCGUCUGUAAAACAGAUGGAGCAACUGAAAAAGGAGCGAGAUCAGUUUCGGAAGGAGUUGGGACGGUAUAAGACGAAAUAUGAGAAGUUGGAGAAUAGAUAUGAGCAAUUGGGAACAAGUCAGAAUACGCCACUUUUUGGUGGUCCAGGAGGAGCGUUUAAGACCCAAUUCCAACCUCCGGCACAAUUUCUGACUCCACAAUUUUCCGCCUCUUCUCACACUUUCGCCUAUCCGAAUCCUCCAAACUUCAAACCACUGUCUUCUGGAGGCCCACCAUCACUUCAUCACCGCUCCAUGGACGCCUUCAUCGACAUAAAACCACCACGUCAUCAGCCGUUCCAGAAUCUUCUAACGUCUUCUGAUGGAUCCACGAGGAGUUUUGAAACGAUGAGCCAUACGCCGACGACGAUUGGAAGCGACGGAGGUGGAGGAGGAGGAGCUGGAGAGGCUCUGGUCAAUCCAAUGGACCUCAGCUUUCUGGGAAAUUCGUCUAGUUUAGAGGGAAAUGUUCACUUCCUUGGCUCCGCCCACAACGACGACGAGGAUGAGAUCAAGAACUAUCGCUACGACGACGCAUUUCUGGCAUCGAGUCCACUGAGUCAACUCACUCAAUACACAACUAACACCACUUCGAACACUCAUAAUACACAAUAA